AUGGAAUAUUCGAGUGCGGCCAAAGUCUCGCCGGGGCGGCUGAAGUUGUCUCUGAAGAAGGUGAUCACUCCUUUCUAUGGCAUGAAAAAAGAAAUACCUCGUAAGUUUGCCGUUUUUUUUGUUUGAUUUCGAAUCUAGACGUUUGGUGGAGAAAUAAGUUGUUAUUAGUUAUAGAACAGCAAGCCGUCAUUGGAAGUGAAGACCUAAUCUCUUAUUAUGAUCUCAGCAGUGCCUUUCAAAGGUUUUGUGGGCCGAGGAAGCCCAAAGAGGACUUGUCCGCCUUCCUGACCAAUGUUGCGGCCACUUCGAACUUGAAAAAGCAGCAGGAUGCUUCAUGGUGAGUGGUUUUGAUAUUAUACUUGCUCUCGAUUUUAAGGUAUUCAAAAAAUGGAUUGUUCUUUCAUAAAACCCUGAUCUUUUUGUUUUAUUAGGGCGAUCGAAGAUUGAUCGACCUUGCUAAUCCGUCGCGGACGGAAUCCGUGCCAGAAUUAAAUAUUUCACCAGUCUUAUACUACCUGAUUUAAGUUUUGAAUUUUUUUUCAGUUCUCUCAAGCAUUUGGUUGAGAAACCUCCAAUCACAGGGAAGGAUGUUCUUCCCCUAUCGUCGAGCGCGAUGGUUGGGUUUAAAAUGGCGGCAGGUCCCGUGCCAGAGCAGUAUCAAUUCUUCGAUUCGAUACCUUCAGAUUCUGCGUUGGUAAAUGGCAUGAAGGAGCGAAAUUCAGGGAACGGAGAGGUGGAAUUGGAUGAGAACGGAAGGAAAAGGAUUAAACGGUCACUCGAUGACUACGAAGGUCAGAUUUUGCUUUUUUUUCGGUGUUUAGAUAUUGUGCAUGGCAUCAGAUGGAAAAAAUGAUCAGUUUUAUUCAUUUGUUGUUUCUUUUGGCUGUGAAAGAUCCCCACGGCGUUUUUCGGAGACUGAAACUACGUGCCUCGAUUUCUCUAGUUUGAGACUGUUAACCAUAAUAUGGUAUUAUGAUUUCAGAGCCAGCGGAGAAAAAAUCGAAGAAGCACAGAAGCGGCGAGGAGAAGGAAAAGAAGCAGAAGAAAAAGAAGAAAGAUAAAAAGAAAAAAGUGGGUUUGAUCUCCUUCUUUUUGCCACACCUUUAUAAUAUACGAUCCAGUGCAAUAUACCAAUUUUUUGAUGUUUCAGAAAAACGACGAAGAAGCUGGCAGCAGCAGUAAACGGGUCAGAGCACAGGACGCCUACUACUGA